UGUUGUUGCAUUGAGAAGAAUGGCCUUUAAAAUAAUGUUCAGAUCCUGGGGGAACCAAUUAAUUAGUGGACAGUGGGAAAAAUGUCCUAUACAUUGGUAAUCAGUGGGAAGAAUGCUCCAUACAAUGGUGUUCAGUGGAAAAAAUGACUUUACAUUGGUGGUUAGUGGGAAGAUUGCUCCUUACAUUGGUGAUCAUUUGGAGGAAUUCUCCAUACAUUGGUGGUCAGUGGGAAGAAUGCUUUAUACUGUACAUUGGUGGUCAAUGGGAAGAGUGCUUCUUACAUUGGUGAUCAGUGGAAAAAAUGCUCUAUACAUUGCUGAUCAAUGGGAAGAAUGUCCCUUACAUUGGUCAUCUGUGGGAAGAAUGUUCCUUAUAUUGGUGGCCAAUGGGAAGAAUGUUCCCUACAUUGGUGAUUAAUGGGAAGAAUGCUCCUUAAAUUGGUAGACACUAGGAAGAAUGUCCCUUAAUUGGUGGUCAUUGAGAAGAAUGCUCCUUACGUAGGUGCUCGAUGGAAAAAAUUCCCCUUACAUUGGUGGUCAGUGGGAAGAAUGUCCCUUACA